AUGUUCAAUGAAUGGGACGUGCUGCAGAAUUUCUAUGAAGGCCUGACAUUGAAAUCUCAAGAGGCAUUAGAUCACUCUGCUGGAGGGUCAUUGCAACUGAUGAAAACUGCUGAAGAAGCCCAGAAUCUUGUGGACAUGGUAGCCAACAACCAAUACUUCUUUGCUCAUCAAAGAACUCGCCAACCAUCACAGAGAAAGGGAGUUCUAGAACUGGAAGGAGUAGACUCCAUCUUGGCCCAAAACAAGAUGAUACAACAACAAAUGCAACAACAGUUUGAACAAAUGGCCAAAAGAAUUGACAGCCUUCAAGUAGCAGCUGUAAACACAAGCCAACCAUCAACUGUAUGGGUGCAGAAUGAAGAAAGCCAAGAAGAGCAACAACAGGAGCAAGUGCAAUACAUGCAUAACCAAAAUUCUGGACAGAAUGAAGUUUAUGGUGAGACAUACAACCCUUCUUGGAAGAAUCACCCCAACCUUAGAUGGGGAGAUAACCAUAACCAUAACCAACAAUCAUGGCAAAGAAACACAACACAAAAUAACCCAAGAAACAACUAG